GCCGGACACCACCAAUAGCCACCAUGACAGACGCGAACGACCCGCCAUCUCACAUGACGGCGCCGACCACGAUUGCUUCCCUUCUACUCCCUGGCACCGACUGUCCUAGUGAGGCGUCCCCGCGCGGACACGACAUGGAAGCAGCACUACAACUGGACCAACGCAUCGAUGGGCCAAACACAGCAGCACCACCACAUUCAAGCGAGUCAACAACGAGCCACCAACGCUCUUCGACAGUGGUUAUGCCAGAGCCGGUAGAGUCGUUGUGGUCGUGGGAGGUCAUUCGAGAGUGGCGAGAUCGCCCGGGCCUGGCGCGACGCCUUGCUAUUGACCAAAUCGUCCGCAAGCCCCGCCCGCUCCAGCACGAGUUUGGCUGUCUCUGUCGGCAAAACACCACCAACGGCAUGUUUGAAGGAGACCACUGCGACGCCACAACGACUGGCGUCACGACGACUGCGGCUGGGAAAUCCAUUGCGAUGCAAUCGAUGGAUCCCGACCACACGUUUGGCAUUGUCCAAGAUGGCACAGACCUGAUCUACGAAGGGGAACUUCGGGUGAACGUCCCUCAUGGAUACGGUGUUGGUUGCUACGGCAGCGGCGAGCGCUUUGUCGGGAUUUGGGCCAUGGGACAACCGUGUGGCCUAGGUCGGCUCACGUGUCCGGUCGCCCCGAACGAGUCCCAUUAUGGGUGGAUCUUUGGCACAACCGUCGUGCACGCGUGGGAGAAGCGCGAUGUAGACGUCCCGUUGCCGCCACCGCCCCAGGACCAACCGCUGCGUGGGUUGUUCGCCAUGUGCAAGCGCCUCGAAGUUGCAAGGCUGCACCGGUUCCGCCAAGCCAUGGAUCAAUGGGUGGCGGCGAUAUGCACACAGGUAGUGGCGACUGCGAUCGACAGUCGAACGAUCGCGUUCGGGGCAUGGGCACAAGCGUGCAUCGCGCAGCAAGCAUGCAUCAGGAAAGUGGGACUUCAGCUGCACUCGCAAGACACCAACGACGACUUGUUCCACAAGGUCAAGGACUUGGUCGCAAUUCAACAGGCAGUCAUGGAGAAGAACGAGCUGCGUCAAGCGCGGCUGCGGCACUCGAUCAUGACCAACACUACAACCGUCGCAUGUUUGGCCAUUGAGCGAAGGAGCACAGAGCUCGUGGAAUGCGAGUUGGAAACCAUUGAGCUCGAGCUGCAGGAUGCGAAAGCGGCUGAACAACGAUGCAUAGCCAUUCAGCAAGAGUAUGCGGACGUCCGCCGACGCAUCGAGCAGGGAAAGGUCAAGCUCAAUGGCAUGAAACAAGCCCGUCGGCCUGCUGCGUGUGUACGAAAGCCGUCGCUCAUGCCUAGCCGCCGACGAUCGUCGACUAAGGUGUACGUGGACGACAGGCCAGAAGAUGACCCCGGCGUCCAGUACGUCUGUGGGAUUGAAGGGUGCGCCUGCCACGUGGACAAGAGGAUCUUUCAUCCUAGCGGCGAUCCUAUCUUUGAUGCCUGACGCUCCACACCGUGACGAAUGGGCCCCUGCACGAAGACAAAGGCGGUCCCCAAGAACGCGCGCUCCAACGGCGUGGGCUAGAUCCUGCGCUUUGUGUCGCUGGCUACCUCAGCAUAGCGCCAAGUGUGCGUAGAUAUGAGCUGCUUCGAUUGUCCUCACAUGGCA